GGGAGCCUGCCCUGGCGCUGUGGAGGAUCUGGGAGAGCUCCAGCCCUGCUGGAGCUCACUGCCCCGGGCAGCCCCAUGGACUCUCCCCACCUCCUGCACAUGGGGUUCCUGCUCCUGGCUCUUGCUGCUCCCCAUCCAAGUAUUGCCAUGUCCACUGCUGGCCCUGCUGGGUGGACACAAGGCAGCAAAGCUAUGGAAGUCUACCGCUGUGAGGACUGGGAAAGCAGCAAAUGCAAGGAUGAGGGAAUUGAUUUUACCGACUGUACAAAAAUCGCUGAAGUACAGCACAAGAAAAACACUAUUCCAGGUGUAACAUUUGAGUUGAUGGCCAAUGAAUCACACAUCACUGUUUGCUUUGAGCAAGCAAAUUUCUGUCCUGAAGAAGUUUAUGGCAUCUGGGAUGAAACUGUGCCACCAAAACACUGGUGUGGCAUCCUGAAUUGUGGAGAAAACGGAGGAGGUGACAUCAGUACUGAGAACCAUACUGUUUGCUGUGAAGCAGAGGCAGUUGCCUGGCGCUACAACCCUGACCUGAAGUGCUACAUUCAGAAGUCACAUCGAAAACACGCUGCACUGCCAGUUACCAUUCCUGGUAAUCCUGAAUUUCCCACCAGCAAAAAGAGCAGCCUUGGCGUCUUGCUGGCAUUCCUGUUUGUUGGGGUUUGCACAGGAUGGGGCACCAUGUUUUACUUCUUGCGGCUGCGGCGUCGCCAAGGUAGAGGAAAAGAACAGUCCACAGACGUUAUCAGUGCUUGGGAAGGAGACUCCAUCAGCAUAACUUGCCCAAUGAAUCGUGCAGAGUAUCAAUUGGGAAUGUACUUGAGACUUAUCAGACAGAGUGUCAAUGUGAUAUAUUGUUCCAAGGAGAAUUCUUCACGUAUCAAUCCUGACUUUGCUAAUCGCAUCGAGUGUUCAAAGGAAGGGGAGAACUUCAGGAUAACGCUGCACAGGUUACGGGAGUCUGAUUCUGAAAUCUACAUAUGCACAGAUAUCUUACAAAUGAAGGAGAUAUAUAGGAAGACAAUCAUAGUACUGGUCAAAGCUAAAUCCAGAAGGCCUCUGGAGCAGACACCACUCCAUGCCAACCCUGAGCAAGGCCAGUCUGUCAACAUCACGUGUGAGUUGAAAAGUGAAGAGAAGUUCUACUUGUUCAGGACUCAUGUGCAGCCCGGCACAGUUCUGUCUGUGCCAAAUCUCCGCGGGUCAGGGGUUUCUCCUGCCUUUGAGAAUCGCUUGGAGUAUUCAAGGGAAGGAAAUAGAAUUGUGGUGAUUCUACACAAGCUACAGGAAAAGGACAGUGAUAAUUACAUCUGUGCCCAGGAGGUGAAGGGUUCUCCUCUGUUCUCUGCAAGAGGCACCAUGGUGCUGGUUAAAGACGCAGAAGUGAAGCAGGCAUGUGAGAAGAGCUCCUGGGAUUUGUAUGCCCUUCUUAUCGUGAUGGCUGUGCUGUUCUGUGCCCUGGUGUGCUGUGCCUUGUACCGUGUGGAUGUAAAGAAAUAUUUCCAGAGGAAAAAGCCCAAUGAGGUAUAUGAAGACAUGUCCUACAACUCCAGACGGAGCACCCUGGUCAGAACCAGCACCUAUUCCCAGGUGAAUAAACUUCUGCCAGCCGGGACCAUCCCCUCACAGGCAGCUCUGAGAGAUGCUUUAACCACCUGA